AUGAAUUACGACUGGAUCCUGGAUGGAGGCUAUCUGCCCCAUGUCGUGAUCCGAACCGGCAUCAGACGCCUGCUCAGAGACCGCCUGACGUCGAUCCAGGCCCAGUCCACGACGGAAGCCACGCAGGACAAGAUGAACUAUGUUGCGAAGCUGAGAACGUCGCCCAUUGCCGUCGCGACAGACACCGCCAACGAACAGCAUUACGAGGUCGGCACGGGCGUGCUGGCGGCCUGUCUCGGACCACGCAUGAAGUACUCAUGCUGCCGCUACCCGACCGGCAAGGAAACGUUGGCGCAGGCCGAGGAGGCGAUGCUGGACGAGUACAUUGUCAAGGCCCAGCUGAAAGACGGAAUGCAGAUUCUGGACCUGGGCUGCGGAUGGGGCUCGGCGUCGCUGUAUUUUGCGGAAAAGCUGCCGUCGGCCAAGAUUACGGCCUUUUCCAACUCCAAGACGCAAAAAGAGCACAUUGACGGGGAAGCAAAGCGCAAAGGCUUGAAGAAUCUUCAGGUUCUCACCGGCGACGUUGUCGACUACGAGUUUAAGCCCGAGCAGUUUGACCGCGUCGUGUCAAUCGAGUUGUUUGAACAUAUGAAGAAUUAUGAGCUGUUGAUGCAAAAAGUGGCCCGCGCCCUGAAGCCUGGCGGAAAACUCUUUGUGCACAUUUUCGCGCACUGCACCACCCCCUACGACUUUGAGGAUGGCUGGAUGGCCACGCACUUUUUCACGGGCGGCACGAUGCCCUCUGCGGAUCUUUUGCUGUACUUUCAGCGAGACCUCGCGCUCGAGAACCAAUGGUGGAUAAACGGCUUGCACUAUUCCAAGACGUGCGAGGACUGGCUCUCCGCCAUGACCAAGAAUAAGAAGCAAAUCUGGCCGCAUCUGAUUGAGACGUACGGAGAAAAGGACGCGGCUACUUGGUUCAACCGCUGGCAAAUCUUCUACCUGGCCUGCUCGGAGCUUUUCGCCUACGCCGGGGGUGAUGUCUGGGGAGUGUCUCACUACUUGUUUGAGAAGAGCGCGCAGUAG